UAAACAACCAAUGAGAGCGAACAGGUAUGUGACAUUGCUUGUCUGCGAAGUGAAGAUUGUAUUAUAUUAAAGACAUGGUUGAAAAACAACGAAGCCGUGUAACAAGUUACGAUGUUACCAAAAACGAAAUUAAAACCAACAAAUCAAAUAAAAACGAAGACGAACAAAUCGAAGAGAAUUUUAUAGAAUUUUUUAAAUGGAGACUUAAUUUCUCUAAACGUGGUAAAAUCUGUUUCGGAGUGUUGGCAUUUAUCGUAUUAUUACUAUUGUCCGGAUUUAUAAGUUAUUUUGUGCUGACGUGGAAUACGAAAACGUCAAAAGAGAGUGAUGAUGACACCUUCGAUCAACUGUAUAAACCUUCUAAUUCUGAGUUAGGUAUUUACGAGCGUGCAGCUAUAAGUACAGACACGAAACCAUGCGCAACAAUAGGGAAAGAUAUUCUAAAGAAAAAUGGUAAUGCAGUCGAAACAGCCAUCGCUACUUUAGUGUGUAUGGGUGCUGUAAAUAGUCACAGUAUGGGAUUAGGCGGUGGAUUUAUCAUGACUAUUUAUGAUAAGAAGGAAGACGAAGUAAAAGUGUUAGAUGCUAGAGAAGUAGCACCAGAAGCUGCAUCGGAAAACAUGUUUAAUGGAGAUCCCAUAAGUUCUCAGAUAGGUGGAUUAGCAGUUGCUGUUCCAGGAGAACUAUCAGGUUACGAAGCAGCAUACGAUAUAUAUAAAGGAAAUUUGACGUGGAAAGAAUUAUUUACACCAACCAUUGAAUUGUGUAGAAAAGGGUUUGAAGUCACUCGUCAUUUGGCAAUGGCUUUAGAAGAGACUCGUGAUAUUGUAUUAAAUGAAACGACUUUGAGGAAUGUUUAUUUUAAUAACGAAACAGGAGACCUGUAUAAAGAAGGGGAAAUAAUGAAAAGAUUAGAUCUAGCAGACACUUUGGAAAAAAUAGCAAAUUUCAAAUCUGAUGUUCUGUAUGGACGUGGAGAGACACAAAGAAAAUUUUUGGAAGAUAUCGCAAAACACGGAGGAAUUAUAACCGAAAAAGAUAUGCAAACGUAUUCGCCAGUUUGGAGGAGACCAACUAAAAUUUCACUAAAUAAUGGUUUUACAGUCUAUAGCGCACCACCCCCAGGAAGUGGAUCUUUAUUAUCUUACAUGCUCAAUGUUUUAGAUGGUUACAAUUUAACGAAAGAAGCCAACUGGAGAAACUUGGAUCAAAUUUCUUUAACGUUCCAUCGAGCAUUAGAAACAUUUAAAUUUGCAUACGCUCAAAGAAUGAAUCUAGAAGAGAAUGGUGACCAUUCCGUCAAACAGACUGUUAAAAAUUUACAAAGCAGAAGUUACGCCGAUGAAACUCGUGCAAAAAUCUACGAUACUAAAACUAUUCACGAUCCGGAAUAUUACGGAUUCAAACAAUACGUUAAAGAAGAUGGAGGAACUGGACAUUUGUCAGUUAUAUCACCGAAUGGAGAUGCUGUAUCGGUAACCAGCUCCAUUAAUUUAUAUUUUGGUUCGAAAUUUAUAUCUCCUUCAACUGGCAUUGUAUUGAACAAUCAAAUGGAUGAUUUUUCUCUUCCGAAUAUCACAAAUUAUUUUGGACUUCCACCCAGUGAGAGGAAUCGAAUUAAUCCAGGAAAAAGACCGAUGUCGUCUAUGAGUCCAACUAUUAUCCUAGACGACAAAGGAGAGACGUGGUUGGUUAUAGGAGGAAAUGGCGGAUCUCGAAUCACUAGUGGCAUAGCUUUAAUAGCAAUGCAAUUGUUAUGGUUAGACCAGGACGUUAAGAAAGCAAUAGAUAUGCCUCGAGUACAUCAUCAGUUAUUCCCAGAUCAUAUCAUUCACGAAAAAGUAUUUCCUAAAGAAAUUCUGAGAAAAUUACAAGAAUUGGGUCACGAAACCGAAGAGAACGUUGGAAGAAUGUCAGUCAUGAUGGCAAUUCAUCGAAGCAAAGAUGGUAAAUUACACGCUAACGCUGACUAUAGAAAAAAUGGUAAAACUGACGGUUUUUCCAUGCCAAUUACGUGCUACUCCGUACUUAGACUUUAUCCCGAUAAGGACUUUUCUGUGAGGCAACACUUGUACACGCCUUCCGACUCUAAAUUAGGAGUUUAUGAUAAUGCAGUAGUGUGUACGGACACGAAACCCUGUGCCGAAAUAGGAAAAAACAUACUGUUAAGAAAAGGCAACGCCGUGGAAGCAGCCAUUGCUACAUUAGUAUGUAUGGGUGCUGUAAAUUGUCAAAGUAUGGGCUUGGGUGGUGGAUUUCUCAUGACAAUUUACAAUAAGAGUAAAACAGUAAAGGUAUUGGAUUCCAGAGAAGUAGCACCUUCAAAUGCGACAGAAAAUAUGUUUGAAGGUUUUAUAGAUUCUGCUGAAGCUGUUUUACGUAUUAUUACAGAUGGAUUAGCAAUUGCUGUUCCGGGUGAAUUAGCAGGAUAUUACGAGGCAUACAAAGAAUCCAACAAAGUUCAUAAGACUGAUAUCUCGUGGGGAGACCUAUUUAGACCAACUAUUAAACUAUGCAGAGAAGGUUUCUCAGUAACACGACACAUGGCAAGAGCUUUGAAACUAUAUCGAGACAAUAUUAUAAACGAUGAAAGCUUAAGAAAACUUUUUUAUAAUAAGACAAGCGGAAAUAUUUACAAAGAAGGAGAAACAAUGUACAGACCCGAUUUGGCUAAAACGUUGGAAAUGAUAGCCAAUUCCAAUUCGGCAGAAGUAUUAUAUGGAAAGGGAGAAGUUCGAAAGAAAUUUGUUGAAGACAUCAGAAUUUAUGGAGGUAUCAUCACCGAAAACGACUUAGAAAAAUAUUCUCCACGCUGGAGAGAGCCAACAAAAAUAAAAUUGAGGAAUAAUUUUACAGUGUACAGCGCACCACUACCUGGAAGUGGAGCGCUAUUGUCUUACAUGCUUAACAUUUUGGAUGGUUUCAGCUUAAAUCAGCGCUCAAAUUGGAAAUUUCUGGAAGACAUUACUUCAACAUUUCAUUUGAUAUUGGAAACUUUUAAAUUUGCUUUUGCACAUAGAAGCAAACUGGAAGACAGUGAAAAUCCCGAAGUGUUACAACUUGUAGAACAGUUGUUGAACAAGAGUUUUGCUGAUGAAACCCGAUUAAAAAUUCGUAGAAAUGAAACCAUUCACGAUCCUAAAUAUUACGGGAUCGAACAAUUCAUGGAUGACGACUCCGGAACUGCGCACACGUCUGUUCUCGCUCCUAAUGGUGAUGCUGUGUCGGUUACAAGCAGUGUCAACGCAUAUUUUGGUUGUAAGCGUGUAUCUCCUAGCACGGGAAUUAUCUUAAACAAUCAAAUGGAUGACUUUUCUUUGCCGAAUAUUGUAAAUAUUUUCGGUAUUCCUCCCAGUAAGAGGAACAGGAUUCGACCGGGUAGAAGGCCUUUGUCUUCUAUGAGCCCAACUAUUGUUUUAGAUGAUAAAGGAAAAGUUUGGUUAAUCGUUGGUGGGAAUGGAGGAACACAGAUCACUACUGGAAUUGCUCUAGUAACGAUGCAAUUGUUAUGGUUGGAGAAAAAUGUUAAAGAAGCCAUUGACAUGCCAAGGAUACAUCAUCAGUUAUUACCGGAUUAUAUUUCGUACGAGAAGAAUUUCCCUAAAAUAAUUCUGGAUGAUUUGAAGAAAUUAAAACACAAAGUCAAAGAGAAAUAUGGGAAAAUGUCAAUUAUGAUGGCCGUUCAUCGCCGCAAUGAUGGAAAAUGGACUGCGAAUGCCGAUUACAGGAAAAAUGGUGAAAAUGAUGGGUUUUAG